CCCAGAAUCCUUUUCUACCCAUGCGUCACGCGGAUUAACCGGAAGAGACGGUAUGGCUCAUUUCUAGAAGAUACUGUUUAGGUUGUGGUGACAACACAACUCCAGAUGGAGAUGGAGUCUAAGACGUUCUCAGCCGCCAUGGCUGACACCUUAAUAGUGUCAGAGACCAGAGAAACUACCACAGACCCUGAGGAUGACUGUUUCUAUGACUGUGAGGACACGUUGCCUGGAGAAGAUGGACACACUGAUGUUAAACGCACAGAGAGGGAGCACAGAGACGAGCUGGAGUCAGAUGACAGGACAGAAAAUGAGAGAAUAGAAAACAUGGAUGGCAUUGACCGGUUGUGUUUGGAUAACACAUCAGAAGAGGAUUCUGAAGGGCUCGAGGACAGUUCGGCUGAAAAGAGACACGACUCAUUAACAAGAGACCUGGAUCCUGAGAAAGACAACGAUGAGGAGAAUUGGGAGAGGUUUGUGGAGAGCGAUGAGCAGAGAGAGGGCGACUCUGAUUCAGAAUUUAAAGAGGAGACGGUCAAGGUGAAUGAGUAUGAUGAGGAAUAUCUGCGUGAGCAGGAGAAAGACCUGACGGAAGAAGAAAAAGAGAGCAGAAGAAAGGAGAGUUUAGAGCUGAAGGAGAAGGGCAACACACAAUUUAAGAGUGGAGAGCAUGUAGAGGCUGAAGAGUCUUACACGGCCGCUCUGAAAGUGUGUCCUGUGUGCUACAGUAAAGAGAGAUCCAUACUCUUCUCUAAUCGAGCUGCUGCACGCCUGCAUCAGGAUAAAAAAGACAGUGCUAUCAGUGACUGCUCUAAAGCCAUAGAACUAAAUCCAAAUUAUGUCCGUGCCAUUCUGCGGAGAGCAGAACUCUACGAGAAGACAGACAAGCUCGAUGAAGCUCUAGAGGACUAUAAAACUGUCUUGGAGAAAGACCCGGGCAUCCCUGCAGCUAGAGAAGCCUGUAUGCGAUUGCCACGGCAAAUUGAGGAGCGAAACGAGAAGCUGAAAGAAGAGAUGAUGAGUAAGCUGAAGGACUUAGGCAACAUGAUUUUACGACCCUUUGGUCUCUCCACCUCCAACUUCCAGGUCAACCAAGAUACCAACACAGGAUCCUACUCCGUUAAUUUUGUUCAGAAUCCCAAUAACAACAACAGUUGACAACAUUCAGAGUCUUUUUAUAGAGUGGCACAAUAGUGAACUGCCCCAAGUAUCCAGUCCCUCUCUGACUGUUCAAUCAUAUGCCCAGUCUGCACUAAUUCAUUGAUGCAAGUAAUGUAAACCUUUUUUUUUUCUUCCAUUGACCAUGGUUUUUGUUUUUUGGGGAAUUUGUAAACCUGUAUUAUAUAGAGAUUCAGUUUUUUGGCAUGCCAGAAUGUUACAUUUGCUGUGAAGCUGGUGUCAGUGAUCCAGACUGUCAAUCAUGAGCAAUGAGAUAAUGAGCCUUCAUCGCGUCACCCUAACCUGCGUUCACAUUAAACCAGUGGAU